AUCUUCUAUUGACUUAAACUUUGAAGCAGAUUUAAUUUUUACAAAAAAAAAUUUGCUUUGACAAUGAAAAGUUUUACUUUCUUUUUUAUCAUGCUUUGUGUCAAGCAAUCGUUGCAGCAAACGGACACCUCUCCAUUAUUGGAAAUGGCCAAAACUUCUGUAAUAGACUGCUAUGAAGACGAUGCCAAAACCAAGAAAAUUGAAAUCACUGAUGAUGGCUUCCAGGACAUUGUCAAGGGCUCUCGCGAUGCUGUACGCAAUGCCAAAUGUAUUCGCUAUUGUAUUAUGAAAAAACAUGAGCUGUUCACUCCCGAUAAUUCUUUGGAUGAAACCGCUGUGGUACCCUUCUUCACAUAUCUCUUUAAUAAUGCCAUAGAUAUUUUCCACCUCAAGGGAAUCAUAGCCAGUUGUAAUGAUGGCAUUGCUCAAGAAACCGAUCGUUGUGAACGUUCGCAUAAGGCUACCAUGUGCAUCUUGGAGAAACUUUAUACAGCUGGAAUGAAGAAUGUUUAAUGAAUAAAAUUUUGAAUAAAA